AUGCCUCCUAAGGGCGCCAAACCUACCAGCGAUGAACUGCUUGCGCAGUUUGAUGACCUCGGCAUCGAACAGUCAGGCGAGAACCCCGCAAAGCAGCCUGCGCCUGCCGCUCCUGCGGCCGACAACGAAAAGGCUGAGCAGGAGGACGUUCUUGCGGAGCUUGAGAAACAAGCCGCCCAGCGACCCAGCAGUGGUCCUGGUACCCCACGUCUCUCAGCAGACAAGGCUCGCUCGGCUACACGAUCUCCCCGUCCGAGUGCGACCCUUGACCGAGCCAGCGAGGACAAGAGCGGCCGCCCCUCCGAGGAGCUUACUCGGGCUUCCCGUGCGGGCAUUAAGCAGGAGCAGCCGAAACAAGAAGCAGAACCUGCUGCCUCGCAGACCCAGGAGCAAGGUGGAGGAGGAUGGUGGGGAGGCUUCUUUGCUACAGCAAGCGCGGCGAUGAAGCAGGCCGAGGCCGCAGUCAAGGAAAUCCAGAACAACGAGGAAGCUCAGCGAUGGGCUCAGCAAGUAAAAGGGAACGUUGGAGCCCUUAGAGACUUUGGCGGCGAACUGCGUAACAUGGCCAUUCCCACAUUCACCAACCUCAUCCACACCCUUGCCCCUCCAAUCUCCUCGCAUGAACGUCUCCAGAUCCAUGUGACACAUGACCUCUCCGGAUACCCGGGCAUCGACCCGCUCGUAUACGCGGUUUUUUCACGAGUAAUGGCGCAAGUUGAAGGUGGCGACCUGCUCGUCAUCCAACGAGGCCAAGAGUCUGCACCCAAGCGCGGGCUCGACGUAAGCGGCUACGUCUCCAGCGCCGGCUGGAACGACGGGCCUUGGUGGCGUACUGUGACACCCGGUACACCGCGCACGCUCAAUGCAGUCCGCGGCACCGUUGAAGCGUCGAAGCUGGCGCGCGCCAGCGCCGAGUCCUACGCGACGGAAUACUUCUCCUCUCGGGGCGGCGUUGAAGAAGCUGCCAGGCAAGCCACCGAGGUGCUAAGUGAAUCCAACCCAGUGCGUAGCAGCGAUAUUUUCCUUGCUAUCCAGGCCAUUACUCAAAGCACCUCGCCCGACAUGUUCCAGGCUGGCGCAUCUGCUGAGCAAGCGACGCCUGCCGGCGCUGUUGAUGCCCCGGAGGUCGACGAUGAGAUUUCUUUUGCGCUAUACCUGCACGACCCCAUCCACGGCAUCGCCUUUCAUACUAUUUCACAGGCCGUUCCUGCUAAAUGGAUCGAAUGGCUCGACGCAUCGGCGCCGGCCUCCGAUACUGCAGACUCCGAAGACGCGGAGGCUGCGCACGCGGUCGUCCCCGAGGCCAUUGCCGAAAUUAUUGAGAGCGGCGGUGUCGACCCGCGUGAAUGGGUAGCUGAAUGGAUCGAGGAGACCCUGUCCCUGUCGGCCGGAGUCGUGGCGCAGCGUUACGUAGCGCGGCGUAUGGGCGUCGGCGAGGGCGGCUUGGGCAAGGGUAAGAUGCGUGCAGAGCAGGCAUCGACGGUGGAGAGCGGUGCUGGCGAGGCCGCUCGUGCUAUCUAG